CGUCACAAUUUUGUCAUUUGUUGAAAGGCCGUGAGUGUAUGAUGGGUGGAAAAUGUUCGUGAUUGUUUACGAAAAAACAACAUUUAUUAAAAGCAAUGAAAUGACUUUAUGUACGAAAUUAUCGCAAUGGGAGGUUGCAUAGGUAUAACGCGUAGUAGAAGUGGUGCUAUCGACGAUUCAUCAGGGUCAAUAAGCCGACCCAACUCAGGUAGUCAACGAAAGAACCACCCUCUGUGCCAUGAAACGAUCAGAUGGAAAUCCGACGUGCCCCUGACGGAAGGACAACUCCGAAGCAAACGAGAUGAAUUCUGGGAUACGGCGCCGGCCUUCGAGGGACGCCGCGAGAUAUGGGACGCCCUCAGGGCAGCUGCGGUGGCGGCCGAAGCCAUGGACUACGAGUUAGCUCAAGCUAUCCUCGACGGAGCUAGCGUAUCGGUGCCGAACGGGUACCUGACGGAGUGUUACGAUGAGUUGGGUGCGCGGUAUCAGGUUCCUAUCUAUUGCCUUUCGUAUCCUAUCAAUAUCGUGAAAGAAGACAAUGGUCGAGAUUCACCUGCAGAGUGUUCAGAACCGGUUGACGGUGGUACCGAGACUGUUUUAAAAUUGAGACUGUCCCAUUCGUGUUCAGAUGUUAAACUGUCCGUUUAUUCUACUGACACCAUUAGUAUGUGCAAAAAGAAGUUACAGAGUCAAGAAGGAAUAGAAUCUUCACGGCAAAGGUGGUUUUACGGGGGUAAAUUGUUAGGUGACAAACUUCAUGUUGAAGAAGCCAAAAUACCACAAGGAUAUGUGGUACAAGUCAUAGUCAAUAUGGAGACUUCAUAAUAGAGGAUUACUUUAGAACUUGGUAAUCUGUAUGAAGAUAGCCAUGCAGACGCCAACAAUGGGAAUUAUUAGAAAUAGGCCAGACAAAAAUUUAGCUAGGAAGUUAAAAGUCAUAUCAAUAAUUUUUUACUUUAGGAAAUGUGAUUUUUACCGAAAUAGCUGAAAAAAUAGCUGAAAGUUAAGAUUAAUUCUAGGUGACUAAAACUCAAAACGUUUUUUAUAUAACGUUACACGAAGAUGAUGACUACUUUAGGAUGAAAGAAGUGAAAAAUAAAUUGGAAAACAAAUAUUUAAAAUGAUUUUUUUAUUUUUUAUAUAAUUUGGGGAGUGUUUGUACAAAAUACACGUAUAAAAAAUGUCAAGGAUGUUCAAUGUCAGAAACGGCUUACCAUGCAUUAUUAGGGAGGAGGGUUAUGGUUUGAAAUUGAAAUAAAUAUUUCAAUCACAUUUUUGUGAAUUUUUUUAAACUAUGGUAGAACUAUAUGAUAGAAGUAAUCAUAUUAAGCACAAUUCAAAGAAUAUGAAAAAAAAACAUUCAUGGCAAAAUAUUGAAAAAUAGGCCAACGGUGGCACAUUUUUACACACACGAGAUCAUGAGAAACAAAAAAUUCAAAAAGAUUUUAUUAGUAAAAUGAAAGACAGUUAAUAUUUCAUUCCGUUUCAGAGGCCAUCCUCUUACGUAUAUUUUAUUAGUUUAUACACAGAAUGCUGUCGAGUUUUUAUUUUUAAUGAUUUUUAAGUUUCGGUGUCACUCGGAAGUCAAAAAACGAUUUUUUUUUGUAAAAAAGGGUGAAAAUCAACAUAUAUUUAUUACAUAUUGUUAAACAAAAAAUAAGCAUAAAUAAAAAUAUAUUUUGACAACGUUACCUCAUGAAUGUCAUAAAGAAAAUCUAUGCAAAAUUUCAGGUUGAUCGGUCGAGUAGGUUUUGAGUUACAAUGUCCAUUGUCUUUGAAAAACCACAUUUACAGUUUUGACAACUCUUUUUUCAGUACUCACAUAAAAUCAAGUGAUACACACCGGAAUAUGUUUUAGAAUUGCGGAGCAAUCUACAAAAGAGAAAGGGAGCAACUGUUGAACGUUUCUCACUACAUUUAACCGCGCUGGCGCGAAGUCGCUGAAAAGCGAGUCAAAGGUAGGCAUAUUCAACAUGCUGUAUCUCCACUAAUUUUGCUCCGAUCAAUCUGAAAUUUUCAGAGAGUGGUCUUUAAGUUAAGUACUUUAAUUUACAAUUAAAAAAAAAGAAAAUUUCAAACCAUAUCCCCACCCCUUAAAACUUGGAUGCAAAUAUCAGCAGACUGUUUUUUAUAGCCGUAUAACAUACAUACAAAUGUAUGACUUAUUUUGUAAAUCCCUAGACAUUUUUAACUCACGUUGUUUUUGUUUAAGUCACCGAGUGUGUGGCAUCAUCGCAUCAUGGAAUAAAGGCAAAUAAAUACAUUAACUGAUAGACCAGGGUGGAUCUGUUUUGAGGUGCAUGUGAGAUGUGACAUCCUUAUUUUUGCAGAAAAAGUUUUAUGAUAACUUCAGUAAUAAUAAUUGACUUAUCCUUCCUCUCAAAUAGCUAGGAAAGUAUUAAGAAUUACUAGAAGCAUGGUUUUUUUCUACUUUCCUUGCUUAUAACUUUAAAAGUUUAAAACGACGUUUAUUAGAAUGUGAUGGUGGAUUACACACUCAGUUAUUACGUUAUUAAAUGUUAAUCUUCAUAAAUCCUCAAAAAAUACAGUUGAAAAUCAUAUUGAUCAUUCCACAAAUUGAUUAAAACAAGUAUGUUUGGAAAUUCCUGUAUGAAAAUGAAUGUACUGUAUAAAGUGUGGGACAUAUGUGCAAUGCUGCACAUAUGCAGCUGAGUUGUCAUAAGUUCACAACAACAUGAAUAAUAAAGCUAUUCUUCAAGUUAAAGUUAAUCCGUUAACUUCAUUUACUGUGACUUUAAAGGAGAUCCAAAAAAAUAAUUAAAAAAUAAGCCAGGAUAAGAUGGUGGAACCAGAUAGAGAAAGACAUAAAAAUAAUGAAAAUAAAAGACUGGAAGACACCGUACAGAAACAGAAAAGAUUGGAAAUACAUAACCAACUCUGCAAAGACAUAUAUAGAUCUAUAAGAAAUAAACCAAACAGGAAAAAUCCACCUGGAAGAAAGGAUUACUAUAUGCACCGGCAUUGAUUGGAAUUGAACGGAUGUGAUGAUGAUGAUGAAUAUGAUAAUUUUACUAAUGUUUAAACUUUCUUCAGAGCACAGGACACAGCCCUUCCAUCUUCUUCUCGGUUUUUCUCUACCACUCUUUCCAACUUCUGUUACGGUAAAAAAAUAUCUGACCAGUAAUUGUUUCGGUAAUAAUCAAAACUCCACCCAAACUCUAAAGCCGUGGUUUAAAUGUUUAAACGUAGAACUGAACUCGAAAACGAAAAUGUUUGGAGAAUUUAUAUCGACGCAAAACGGGAAGUGUCUACUGCUGCCAUAAAAGGAAGUGUCUAUUGUAAAAAUUAUUUCAGCAGAAUUCGAAAUAUUCUUAAGAAAUUGAAAUUUUUAACGAAAAAUCAGGCAUGUUACAUUAAUGGCAGCUAGUCUGAAAAGCUCAACGUAGAUGGCGUUGGUGUAGUUCACCGUCAACUCUGAGGUUUGCAGUCUGAUUCCAGUAAAGAUUUCUAAUUAUUUUCAGAUCUUUGUUGUUAAUUCCUGCUUCUUUUAGUAUUUUUGCAUCAUUUUGGCGUGCCGUACUCGAUCAAAAGCUUUCUCGUAAUCAACCAGACAUGAGUAUACGUCGCAAUUGAUGUCUCUGCAUCUCUGGAAUAAGACUUGUAUUGAAAACAAAGCCUCUCUCGUACCAACAUUUAUUAACCCGAACUAGUUGGGCGAAAUUUGACUUUCACACAGCUUGGAAAUUAUUUCAUGGAUUAUCUUUAGGAACAAUUUUAGGAGAUUAUUCAUCAGGCUUUUAUUUUUUCAUAUUUCUUACCCCAAUCUGUAGCGCUGGAGUUUAAAGGUCUUAGUUCAAUAGUAAAUUUACAAAGGAUUAAAUUUUUCCAGCGUCAUUCAUCAGCGUCUCUCCAGUACCGUUUACUCUAGAAUUUUAAAGUUCUUUGGUCAUAUCCAUCGAAGUGAUCACAAAAUGGAGCGGUUGGUGGUCCAAGGAAGGCCUCAGACUCAACGCCAACGCGGAAGAUCUCCACAGCGAUGGGCGGACAUUACUAAAAAGCUUCUCAACAAACAGUAUACUGAGGCAAUACAUGUAACUGAUGACCGCGACCAGUGGAGAAAUAUUAUCAAUCAAACUGUCCGAGCUGCUGAAGCCCAAUUAUGAACAACAACACAUCUACUAAGAUGUUAAUGACUAUGAUGAUGAUGAUGAAAUUUUUCCCCUCUCUGUCAUUGAAUAACUUUUUUCCAGUAUUUCUUGCAUUUCUUCUCAAUUCGUUUUUCAACUCACAAACAGUUCAAGAUCCGUAUUUUCUGCCCUAAUUUCUUAAAUCGCAAUAAUUAAAACAACUACCAUACAAGCUUAAAGAACUGUCAAAACGCUGACCCCCCCCCCACUACACUAGCGCCGCCAAGCGGGAGCAACGGCGUACGUAGCUGCCAUUGUAUUGUAUAACUUCUAUCAGCUCGAACUAUGUGGGACGAAUGAGAGAGCUGUUGGAAGUUGUGUGAAAGAGAGGUAGAGGAACACAGAGGAGAAGAUGGAAGGAUUGUGUGACAGGAGACUUGAGAGAGAAAGGUUUAAAUAAAGAUGACACGAUGGACAGAAAUGAGUAGCUUAGAAGAGUAAGGAACAGCGAUCACUGAAAAGGGAAAAACGCUAAUUUUUACACUACUUUUUGGGUUUCUUGUUAAGUUGCAGAAUAUUGGUUAGCGGGUUAGCAUUCUAAGCUGACGUAUUGUUGUGAAAUAGCGGAUUAGAAUACUAAAGUCUAUCGUAACUCGAGCAUUAGAGCAUAAUAUAAAUAACUCUGACAUACAAAUUUAAUAACAUAAAUUCUUAAGAUGCAUACAUUUCAACUUUUUUCUUAUUUUUUUUUUCUGUACCAACAGUAUAUUCUUAGCGAGGCUUUGUUACAUUAUUUAAAUCGAUCAAACACUUGUUUAUAGAACGUCUUGUUGGGUUUAAAUCGUUUUAGUCUAUUUAGUUUAAAGUUUUAAGAAUAAUUCAUGGUUAUCUUUGUUUUUAUCACUACGAGGGGCAUCUAAUUGCAUUUCUAAACUGAGAAAAAUAUUUCUUAUUGUACAAAAACAACGAUAUAAGUAAAAUUAAGAAAAAAGUUGAAACAAAACGUAUCUUACGAUAUUUUACAUAAUAUAAUAAUUAUUAUAAGUUUCUUUGGAAGUAUUUCUAAUUCCACACACUUCCUGUGACAUAGCUUUAGUAGUCUACUCUGAACGUAAAAUUUCGCCUAGUGUGAUAAUCUUUCAGCGCCAAUUUUGUAUUAUAAGUAAGUCAACGAGAUUUUAAAAAGUUGUUAUAAUUUUUUCAGGGUAGAACUUAUUUCCGGUCAACAAUAUUUUUGCAAACAUGUAUCUAUAAAAUCACUUUAAAAUGUUUUUGGGUGUAGAAGAUAGUAGGAACAAGUACGAUAUAUUAAAAGCAUGGUAAUAUAUAACCGGGAGCCUUACGUUCAGCAGUGGACAAGUAUAGGCUGAAGUAUAACCAUACAUCUUCCACUUCCUCAUCCGAACUGUAUCCAAUCUACUCUAUUAUUCUAUUAAUAUAACAUUAUCCUUCUCUUCUAGUUUUUUUCUUUGAUUUAUCUCUCUCGCUAUCGGAAUAUUCAGUAGGUUUAAAUCAAACUUUCAAUUCAACUAGUUAUAUUAAUUAAAUUCGCUUAUUGAACCCUCACAUACUAUUAAAGUGUGCUCGACAACACAUUCAUACCCUUCAUGAAAAUAUGUACAUACAUCAAUCCCUUCCUUACUAAUUCCCAAAUUGGUCGAAUUGGUCUACGAACUGCUGUCCCAUCCACUGUAUUCUCCGGAUUUGACCCUGUUCCCCAUAUUUUGAUCUAUACAAAAGUUUGUAUUGUAAUAUUGAGCUUCAUUAUCAUAAUCAAUAUUGUAAAUUGAUUGGGUUGUGUCUUUGAUUGUUUGUACUCGCCAGAACGAAUUUCUUGGUUUCAUAAGUAGCAUUUUCUGCAGCAAGUUAACUAUUUAACCUAGAACCUAAAAAUAAUAAAGCGAUUCUAUAGAAUAACACGUAAAUAAUUGUUAUUUAGGAAUUAUAACAUAUACUCAAACAGAAAACAAUAUCAAAACUAAUUAUACAGUUAUAAAAAUUUCAAAAAAGCUAUACCAUAAUCAAACAAUAAUAACUUGGAUUUUUAAGUAUUAAUUUUUUAAAUUAUUAACAAAAAUAUAAAUAUAUAAACGCUAUAAAUGUUACCGAUCUUUUAGACAUACUUAAAACUCCUAGUUCUGCUACUAGUUUAGUUAUUUUCGCCAAAAUAAUUUUUGAAAUAAUCGCCUUGGGUCUUUUUACCCACAGAUUCAGGAUUUUGAACAAGGUUGUGAUAGGAGAUAUUCAUGUUUGUUCAAAAAGAAACCAUAUUUUUUUAUAGUAUAUAGUGCAGUUAUUUUAGCCAGUGUUCUGUAACGGAAAAAUCUUAAUACCUUUUAGAAAUACGUGUAAAGGGUGAGUCUAUCUGUAAGAUUUUGGAUCGAAAGGGUUAUUGUGAGAGUCUAAAAGUAAUUUUAAGUAACAGAAGUGAAGAAUUGUUAAUUUAAAUAUGUAAUGGACACAAUAUUAAGACGUUUUUCAUCUUUACACUGGUGAUGGAACUGAAAGGGGGCCACUAAAUUUGUAGUUUGUUUUUCACAUGUAUUCCGAUUUGAAAGAUCGGUGGUUCUUCUAUAUAUCAUAUAUCUGUUUAAAAAUAAUUUAUGUCAAGCUAAGAUUCCUAGCCUUAAGUAUUAUUUUGUCCAGACGUCAAACCUGUAAACCUUGCGUCAAGCGGAGUAGAAUUUUUAUAAAGUUUUAUCAAUUUAUUUGUUUUCAUAUGGAUCAAUAUUUACCACUACUAUUUACAAAGGACCAGUCUAUUUUAUUCAACAAUUUAUACAUAAUCUUCUAUUUACUUUUGAAUCCGGCUCGAAGGACCAGAAGAUUAUGUAUAAAUUGUUGAAUAAAAUAGAUUGGUCCUUUGUACAUAGUAGUGGUCACUGUCACACCUGGCGGUACAUCAAGGGAUGCCGCUUUUUCCUACAUCCAACCUUUGCUUGUAUCUAUACUGAGCAGGUUGUCGAUUUUAAAGAGGUCUUCUGGUCUUGUAAACCGCUCCAUAUUACAAUCUGGAAGAUUUUUUGCCUAUACUCUUGCAUCUAUCUCUUGGUCUAAAAAAUCUAGACUUCAAAGAAGCCUAUUAACCGUUUCUAAGCUACAAUUCUGGACCUUGGAGGUAAAUUACACGACGUCAUUUCGAGCAACUGUGUACUAGAGCACUUUAAAUGUUUAAUAAAUCUGAUACAUCCCAUAAUUGUUUAAAAAACAACAAGACCAUAUUUUAAUGAUAAUUUAUAACCAAAUUUGUAUAAUCCAACUAAUAAAAUAAGUGGAUUAAAGGAACUUAGUCAAAACAACACCGUGUCGACAUAGUGUUUGCCUCUGAGGUCCAGAAUUGUAUAUUUGUCUAAAAACACAUGCGCACAAUAUGUUCCGCCUACACCUUCAGGAGUCAUUAUGUUGCUCUGUCCACUUUGUUAUUUUACAGACAAGAUAUCUGAAAGCAGUAUCCAAUGAGAACAUCUACAAUCACUCUGAAUGCAGUUGUGUAAAGCCCCAAGAAUAUUUUUGCACAACAGUAGAAGGUUAUAAUAACUUCUUUGCUUGCCUUUAUCCUGAAAGCGUUUUCCAGUAGAGUAAAUUAAUCCUUUUUCAGUUUCUAGCAUCUUGUAGAUGGCUCUUGCAGCUGCUGUCAAACCUUGCUUUUUGUCGAAGCUUUACUUUAAAAGGUAUUUGAACCUUAUUCCUACUUAGAGCCGAUACUAUCUUAAAUCUUUUUUCUAUUCCGUCUUCAUUUCCUCCCUUGUCAUUUAUUUUCCUAGAUAUUUAAAACCUAACCUAAAACUUCUUGUCUGUUUUAAUGUUUCCCAUUUCUUGCUCUCUUUUGUAAUCAAAAACUUCUUCAUACUCGCUUUUUCACUUAUUCAUACAACCCAUAGUUUUUUUGUUAGGAAAAGAUAUACAGUCCCCGAAAAUAGUGCGUUCCUUUAAGGUACGGAUAUAAUACACAAUGUAGAACAAAAAAGUCCUAUAACAUUUUUUUCUAAAGUUAACCGUUUCCAAAAAAAAUUACAUUGUUCGCCAUAUAAGCGAACUUUUAUUUUCAUAACAUUUAAAAAUUUGGCAUCACUGUACAAGAACUGUAAGGGUCGAUUUCUCAUACCUGCGUUAAUCUAGUUCAUUUGACUACGGUUCAACCGUGAACGUCGGUUUGUUUCGAAAUGUAAUUCUCAUUGUCGGUUCAAGUUCUACAUCUUUCGAGAAUUGCCAAUAGAUGGAGAACGAUAAAACCAUCACCAUUUUGUAUGACUUUUUUUAUGCUGUUUCUGAAUAAAGUUAAAUUUAAGUAUUAAUAAUAAAACAGUAAUUUUAAUAAUUAUUAAUAAAUCUAAUAAACAUAAAAAUAAUGUUAUCGUUAUGCUUAAUAUACGUCUCAUGAUAAGUUGCAAUAAUACCACGCAUGCGUAAUCCGUGAAAUCAUCUGAACUGGGUUCUGAUUGUUUUGAACGGCCGAAUUUCACCGUUCAAGAAAGGUUCAAGCUGAACGUAGUUAAACUGCCAUCGAUUGAACGUGAAUUGAGAAAGACGAUUUUGACUUUAAACUGACGUUCACUAGAAGUUCAGGUUAAACUGGGGUUGAACUCAAUAUAAGAAAUCGGCCCUUAGGGUCGAUUUCUCAUACCUGCGGUAAUCUAUGGUUCAGUUGAACCAGGAUCAACGGUGACCUUCGGUUUUGUUUGAAAUGCAUUUCUUAUUGCAGGUUCAUGUCAGUGCUCGUUCUACCGCUUUCGAGAAAUGCCAAUAGAUGGCAAAAGGUAAAAAACUGUCGCCAUUUUCAACUACCUUUUUUAUGCUGUUUUUGAAUAAAGUUAAAUUUAAGUAUUUAUAGUCAAAUAGUCAUUUUAAUAAUUAUAAAUAAAUAUUAUAAAAACAAAAAUAAUGUUAUCGUUUAUCGUUAGGCUUAAUAUAAUAAAAUAGGAUAUAUUUAUAUUAUGACAGCGUUUCGUGUUAAUACAACGCAUGCGUAGUCCAUGAAAUCAUCUGAACUGACUUCUGAAAUCUUUGAACGACCGAAUUCCACCGUUCAAGCAUUGUUUAAGUUUAAACUGCCAUCGGUUGAACUUGCGAGUUGAGAAAGACGAUUUUGACUUUAAACUGACGUUUACUAGAAGUUCAGGUUAAACUGGAGUUAAACUCGAUAUGAGAAAUCGGCCCUUAGGGUCGAUUUCUCAUACCUGCGUUAAUCUAUGGUUCAGUUGAACCAGGUUCACCCGUGAUCUGUGGUUUUGUUUGAAAUGCAUUUCUCAUUCCGCGUUCAUGUCAGCGCUCGUUCUACAGCUUUCGAGAAAUGCCAAUAGAUGGCAAAAGGUAAAAAACUGUCACCAUUUUGAACUACCUUUUUUAUGCUGUUUUUGAAUAAAGUUAAAUUUAAGUAUUUAUAGUCAAAUAGUCAUUUUAAUAAUUAUAAAUAAAUAUUAGAAAAACAAAAAUAAUGUUAUCGUGUAUCGUUAGGCUUAAUAUAAUAAAAUAGAAUAUAUUUAUAUUAUUACAGAGUUUCGUGUUAAUACAACGCAUGCGUAGUCCAUGGAAUCAUCUGAACUGAGUUCUGAAAUCUUUGAACGGCCGAAUUCCACCGUUCAAGCAUCGUUCAAGUUUAAACUGCCAUCGGUUGAACGUGAAUUGAGAAAGACGAUUUUGACUUUAAACUGACGUUCACUAGAAGUUCAGGUUAAACUGGGGUUGAACUCAAUAUAAGAAAUCGGCCCUUAGUGAUCUAGGUUAUUGACACCAUAAAAAUGUAUGACAGGUAGUUACACCUGCAAAAUAAUUAUGCCACCCCAUUUUUGAAAAUAACAAAACAAGAAUUUUUUUGUUUGUUUAUGAUGAAGUCAGGGUUUAAUGUAAAUACUAAAGGCUAAUGCUGCAACUAUUUUUGAAUUGUGAUUGUCUACGUUUAGAUUUCUGUAUACAUAGUUGUCAGAUUUCAAUUUGCACACCAAAAUGUAUUUUGGUUUUUUGGCCAAACGGUUGAAUUUAGAAAAAAGACUUUUUUGCUCUACAUGUUACCUGCUACCUAUACCUUUAAGAAACGCACUAUUUUCGGGGACACCCUGUAUUUGGCAGCAAUAUCCAAUCUUUAAACCUUUUACACAUACAAUACCUUCUUCUUCUUCAGUGCCUUAUCCGGUCUGGAUGUUGGCGAUCAUCAAGGCUAUCAUUGUUUUGUUGACUGCUCUGCGAAACAGCUCCGCGGAGGUUAUCCCAAACCAUUGUCGGAGGUUUUUCAACCACGAGAUACGACGGCGUCCCGGUCCUCUCCUGCCAAAUACUUUGCCCUGCAUGACGAGUUGAAGAACUCGAUAUUUUUCUUCGUCUUUGUUUAUAAGGAGGUGUGUGUUUCUCCUCUUGUAUUGACCAGUGGCUUCUCGAAUCUUUCGGUGAAUAUUUAUAUGAUCUUGUUUCACUUGGAGCUCCUCGAUUAAUUUACAUUUUUCUUGCAUCCAUGUCUCCUUGGCUCUUCGUAUUUCUUUUUUAAUUGUUUGGAUGAUUUCUUGGUAUUUCUUCGCGUCCCUGUUCUUCAUUAAUCUCCUUUGAUCCAUCAUCUGCAGAAUGUUAUCAGUCAUCCAUUCUUAAUUUUUUACUCUUGUUUUCUUUCCCAGAUGUUCUUUUCCCGCAUUCAGCACGACGUCUUUGAUAUAACUCCAUUUUUGUUCUACACUCUACUCUUGUUGUAUCUCUUACGUUCUGACGAACUACGGGGUCUUUUAGAGUGUCAUAAUCCAGGUACCUAUAUCUUACUAUUGAAGGUUAUCUCCAACUACUGUCUUCUAUGGUGUAUUCGUUAAUUUUUCAUAAAAUACCUGCUAUUUGGAAGUGGUUUAUAAUAUCUUUAUUAACUGAACGUGCCCUUGCUUUUAACUUUAUAUUCUUUAAUGCAUAAUUUACAUAAACUAUGCCUAUUAACUAAUUUUGUAGAUAUCCUGUAUAUAUAAUAAUGUGCAAUGCGUUACAAAAAAAGGAAUUAAAGAUAUAAUUUAAAUUUGACAACAUUGCAUAGCUACAGUAACGACUGCAGCGAUGCCGACGUGAGAAGUUGCUAUGUUGCCACUGAAUCACAGUGAUCCUUUUCGAUUCAACAUUUUAUUACUCAGUAGUUAUAGAAUUCUAGUGCACAGGGUUUCGUAAUUGCAUGUAUGAUUCCAUGUCAGAGUAAGAUUGCACCAGUUUGAAGAUGUAAAAAAUCACGACUGAUUCAGUUUUAUCGUUAUUCACUAUUUCCAUAAUCAAUACGCAAGAAAUACGUUUACUUCUGAAAGUUUUCUAUCUUUGUAGUGUUGUUCCACUCAUCAAAAGAUAUUUUUAUCGUGUAAUUCAAAGGUGUUUAAAAAAAUCAAAGAUGCAUAUUUUAUAUAUACGGCUUAGUAUGAAAACGUCAUAUCUCAUUUUACAGGAGAGACAAAAAACAUCAUUUCUGCAUACUCACAAGAUACUAUCUGUACGUAUUUUUAAUUCUGAGUAUGUUAAGAUCGUUACACUUAAAUUUUUCACAUAUAUUUAGUUUGGACGUUUAGAGUACCAUUCAGUUUUUUGUCUCUCUUGUAAAAUUGUCUGUAAAAUGAGAUACGAGGUUUUCAUAUUAAGCCGUCUAAAUGCAAAUUAUGGUGAAAUUUGGUUGCGCAGUUUUUAAAAGGUCUCAUUUUAGAGGCAUACUGUAGUAUAAGCAUAAUUUGAAGGAGGGGCUUAUCAUUGGUAACGUUGCUAUCAAUUGUAUAAAUCUUAAAAAUCAUCUUAUAAUCCCAAACUUCUUCAAAUGAGUUACCCUACGUUUUUGAGACUACAAAAUUUUGGGUUUUGCGAGCUGCUGAAGUCUUACAAUACUACAGAGAUAGAAAAUUACAUCAAAUCGGUGUUAUCUUCAGUGCGACUGUAGAGUUUGUAAAUUUUUAAAAAUUUCGUGCAAUUUUUGCGAUAUCCAAAUAAAUUAAUAAUUUAUUUAAAUCGUUAGACAAGUAUAUUUAAACAAAAAUGUAAUUAUUAACAGUCUAAAGUGGUAAUUUGUUGUGAAAAUUAUAAAAAUAGACCAGCAUUUCAAUUCCUUGAUACUUAACCUAAGAUAUUCCCAACUGUGGCGCUCUAGCGACGUCAUCUAAUGUAUUCCGUCAGCUUUGGUUAUGUAAGCUUGCUCUUGAUCUUCCUCUAAUUAUUUUGCUGCAUAUAGCCAUUUCUUUGCUCCUUCUUUCGACCUCUCUCCUGAUGAAGUUCCUGUCAAUUUGAUAUCAAGUCAGUUCACCGGUUUUCUAGUGUUUAUUUUCAUGUCUCUCGGCCAUACAGUCUUUCGAAUGUCCAUAUACACUAUUGGCCGACCAACUCACUAACACGCAGAUUCUGACUAGGGGUGUGGGGAUGUGGCAACCCUGGGUCUAAGUUCCGCUUAUACCAAAAGCGGAACAAUCUUUGACACGUUGGAGAGAGAGAAAGUAUUGAUGAAGAAUAGUAUAAAUAAUAUGAAUUGUCAGUGUGUCUUUAUCAGUAACAUCUUCUUAAAGUAAUUUUUAGCUAUUGAAAGUUAAUUUAUUCGUGUUGUUCAUCACAUCCACGUCAUACAAAUAUAAAAAGUAUAUUUUUAUAGUUUUUACUUCUAAAUUACCACAGUUCAGUCCAUCGAUCGUUACAAAUAGAGAUUAAAGUCGCCUAAACAUUAUGAUUACAUAAAAAUUAAGACUACCUUGAAUUUAGUAUGCAUUUAUCACGUUAUUUUGACUGAAUUGAUAUUUUUAAUUUAAUACCUAUUAGGUUAUAUAUCUGUAUAUAGAUGGUUUAUAUUUACGAUAAUUUUAUGCUUUUUGUAUUAUAUAAUUUAAUAUGCAAUAAUUUUAAAACAAAUAUAAUUCUUUCUGCCGAUUGGUAUCGAUAUGGAA